UGAAAUAACUUGCUCAAGGUCACAGAGCUAGAAAGUGGCGGAGCCAAAUUUCAACCUAAUGGGAUUGAUUCCCAGAGCAAGCUUUUCCUGCAAUUCAACAGUCUCUCUUCACCAGCUGGAUGUUCCGAUGAAGCAGGCCACCUGGGAGCAGACCCAUCUUGGGGUUCUCCAUCUUGGGGCCUACCUUCAUGACUGGCCACAUUCUCAUCACACCUGUGAAGGGCCAGCCUCAGCUCCUUGAUCACCGUGAUCGCCGUCAACCUCUACCUGGUGGUGUUCACGCCGUACUGGCCCAUUACCGUGCUCAUGCUUACCUGGCUGGCUUUUGACUGGAAGACCCCUGAGAGAGGUGGCCGCCGGUUUAACUGCAUGAGGCAAUGGUGCCUGUGGAAGCAGUACUGUGACUACUUCCCACUCAAGCUUCUGAAGACUCAUGAUCUCUCCCCCAGCCUCAACUAUAUCGUCGCCUGCCACCCUCAUGGGCUCUUGUCCCAUUCAUGGUUUGGCCACUUUGCCACAGAGAUGUCAGGCUUCUCCAAGACAUUUCCUGGCAUCACUCCUUAUGUCCUCACACUGGGGGCCUUUUUCUGGGUGCCUUUCCUCAGAGAAUAUAUCAUGUCUUCAGGGGCCUGCUCUGUGAGCCAAUCCUCCAUGGACUUCCUGCUUACCCGUAGAGGCACCGGCAACAUGCUGCUUGUGGUGGUUGGCGGCCUGGCUGAGUGCAAAUAUAGCCUGCCUGGAUCUACCACUCUGUUCCUGAAGAGCCGCACUGGCUUCGUACGCACGGCCCUUCGGCACGGGGUGGCUCUAAUCCCGGCCUACUCCUUUGGGGAGACAGAACUCUACAAUCAGUACACUUUCACCCCGGGGGGCUUCAUCAAUCGCUUCCAGAAGUGGUUCCAGAGUAUGGUGCAUAUCUACCCUUGUGCUUUCUAUGGGCGUGGCUUCACUGAGAACUCCCUGGGCUUUCUGCCCUACGCUCAGCCUGUUACCACCAUUGUUGGGAAGCCUCUACCACUGCCCAAGAUUGAGAACCCAAGCAAGAAGACGGUGGCUAAAUACCACGCAAUCUAUGUGGAUGCCCUGCGCCAACUGUUUGACCAGCACAAGACCAAGUUUGGCUUCUCAGAGGCCCAAGAGCUGGUGGUAACUUGACAGACACCCCCAUGGCCUCUCAGCCUGGUUGGAAGGUGUGGCACAGGAGGGCUUUGUGU